AUGGGGAACAUGGACGGGAAAACCGUGGAGGAGCUGAGCACCACCGAGUGCCACCAGUGGUACAAGAAGUUCAUGACAGAGUGUCCUUCUGGCCAGCUCACCCUCUACGAGUUCAAACAGUUUUUUGGCCUGAAAAACCUGAGUCCGGCAGCGAACAAAUACGUUGAGCAAAUGUUUGAGACGUUUGACUUUAAUAAGGAUGGCUACAUCGAUUUCAUGGAGUACGUGGCAGCCCUGAGCCUGGUGCUGAAGGGCAAGGUGGACCAGAAGCUCAGGUGGUAUUUCAAGCUCUAUGAUGUGGAUGGCAACGGCUGCAUCGACCGGGCUGAGCUGCUGAACAUCAUCAAGGCCAUUCGCUCCAUCAACCGCUGCAACGAGAAGAUGACGGCAGAGGAGUUCACAGACAUGGUGUUCAACAAAAUCGACAUCAAUGGAGACGGCGAGCUGUCCCUGGAGGAGUUCAUGGAGGGCGUGCAGAAGGACGAGAUGCUGCUGGACAUCCUGACGCGCAGCCUGGACCUGACCCACAUCGUGAGGCUGAUCCAGAACGAUGGCAAGAACCCCCACGAGGCCGGGCAGGACGCUCAGGCUGCCCAGUAG